AUGGGGUUCGUGGUGGAGAUGUUCUCCAACGCCGUGCUCGGUGAGCUCGUGAGCCGGUCCAUGUCGUCCCUGUUCGCCAAGUGCGAGAAGGAGACGGCGGCGGCCGCGCAGGAGGACCUGCAGCUGCUGCGCCGCCUGCUGAUGCGGAGCGCCACGAUCGUCGAGGAGGCCGAGCGGCGGCGCGUCCCGAGCAGGGCCAUGCUGCUGCAGCUCAAGGCCCUGAGGGGCGAGACGUUCAGGGGCUACUACGUCCUCGACGUCGUCCGGUGCCGAGCCGCCCUCGGAGGAGGAGGCAGGCGGCGCGACGGCGAGGACGAUGGCGACGACGUGGCCCGCCGCGCCUUCGCCCUGUCAAGGUUCAACCCGGCGAAGCGCGUCCGCUCCCGCUCCGGUGCUCCAGAGGCCACCGAGUCGCCGCCGGUGCUCGGUGGUCCAAGCCCGGAGGUGGAGUUGCAUCGGUUGGUUCGCAGCCUGGAAGCCAUGAUCGGUGACAUGAAGGAGUUCGUUGUGUUCUUGACGAGCUACCCACCCUUGUACCGCCAGCCUUACAGUGCUCACAUGUUUGUGGAUAAGUGCAUGUUUGGCCGCCACAUGGAGAAGGAGACGGUCAUGGAGUUCUUGCUGAAAAAAGAGCCUCCUGGUGCUGAACAUCUGGGCGUGCUCCCGAUCGUUGGCCCAGCGCACAUCGGCAAGAGCACUCUGGUGGAGCAUGUCUCUGACGAUGAGAGGGUGCGCAACCACUUCUCCCUGAUCUUGUUCUACACUGGCAAUGACCUGGAAGACGUGACAGUGUCCAGUUUCAGAGACAAAUGCUUGAUCAAGCAUCACACCGAUAAUGCUUCAGCGGAGAGACUGCUCAUCGUCAUCGAGAUCUUAGACGAUGUGGAUGACGCAACCUGGAACGGGCUGUACUCUUCCCAAAGAAGCAUAGCCCAGGGGAGCAAGAUGAUCAUCACCAGCCGAUCGGAGAGGAUCGAGAGGUUUGGGACAGCGCAGGCCCUCAGGAUGAAGUGCCUGUCUGUAGAGGCCUACUGGUACCUGUUCAAGAUGGCAGCCUUCGGAGGCGAUGACCCCGCGCAGCAUCCGAAGAUGGCAUCCCUGGCUUUGGAGAUGGCAAGCCUGAUGCAAGGAUCUUUCAUCUUCGCGUCCGUCGGCGCCGCGCUGCUGAGCGCUAACUUCAACACCCAGAGCUGGUCCAGGAUCCUCACGAGGCUGAGACAGUACACGCAGAAGAACGCCUCCUUGAUAAGGGAAUACCCGGGUGACAUCAACGCUAAGGAGUGCCCUCGGUACACUUGGAAUGUAAUCAAGGAGAAGCCGGACAAAUACUUCAUGCUGUAUGACAUUUACCACAGAGGCUCUGGUGUGGAGGUUCCGGACAUAUCAUUCUUAGAUCUCCAAGGUGGGCAUGCUCAGCCACCAGCGGGGAAGUACGAUAUACUCCUCACCAAAUCUCGGAUUCCGCCGUACUUCAACUACGUAUGUGCAUGUGAGAUCCGUGAUAUGUAA